UUUCACUCCUAAAGGCUAAAAUCUCUUCAAAACCCUACUGAAAAAGAGAGAACGCAGAGCAAAACCUUAUCUUCGUCCAACACGAGCAAUGGCUGCCUACGCCUCGUCUCUUUACAUUAUCCCUCAAACCCUUUCUCUCUCUCGCCGCUCCUCAACUGCUUACUCUUUUCUACUCUUUACUCCCUCUUCUCUUAAACCUCUCCCAAAACUUGCGCUAUCAAUAUCCUCUAGAAAUUCUAAUGGUAUUAUUAGCAGUUAUGCGGAGCCCGUUUAUAAAUUUGCGCGAACAGCUGCUGUCGCGUCUGAGUUGGACGAAUUGGAAAUGGGAGAAGAGAAUGAGGGCUUUGAUUUUUCUAGUGCGGAGGAGCGUAGCUUCUCGCCUGACCUUAAGCUUUUUGUGGGAAAUUUGCCUUUCAAUGUUGACAGUGCUGUUCUUGCAGGCUUGUUUGAACAAGCCGGAAAUGUUGAGAUGGUUGAGGUUAUCUAUGACAAGCUUACAGGAAGAAGCAGAGGGUUUGGUUUCGUUACAAUGUCUACCGUAGAGGAAGCUGAAGUUGCUGCUCAACAAUUUAAUGGAUAUGAACUUGAGGGCAGACCAAUGAGGGUGAAUUCUGGACCUCCGCCUCCUAAGAGGGAAGGUUCUUCGUUCAGAGGACCUAGGGGAGAUAGGGAAGGUUAUUCGUUCAGAGGACCUAGGGGAGAUAGGGAAGGGGAAGGUUAUUCGUUCAGAGGACCUAGGGGAGAUAGGGAAGGUUCUUCAUUCAGAGGACCUAGGGGAGAUAGGGAUGGUUCUUCAUUCAGAGGAUCAAGGGGAGGGUCGAGGACAAGUUUCGAUAAUAGCAACAGAGUUUAUGUGGGAAACCUGUCAUGGGGAGUUGACGACCUUGCUCUUGAAACCUUGUUCAGUGAGCAAGGAAAGGUUAUGGAGGCCAAAGUGGUUUAUGACAGAGAGAGUGGUAGAUCAAGGGGUUUUGGGUUUGUGACUUACAGUUCUGCUCAUGAGGUCAACAAUGCAGUCGAAUCAUUGGAUGGCACGGACCUCAAUGGCAGGUCAAUUCGAGUAAGCCCUGCUGAAGCUCGUCCAAGCCGUCAGUUUUAAUUGCCGAAUAAUUCAUGAAUGGAUAAAACCUCGAAGAGAUACAGGAGUGACAGCUGCUCCUGCAACCGAAGCCGAUGAAUGAUUAUGAUUAGAAGAAUUUUCUACUUGCACUCAAAGUUGCAAAUAUGGAUCUGACUCUUAUGUCUGCGCUAACCAGACCGAUAGUGUUUUGAGUUCAUAAAUGUAUAUUUUGAAUGUCAUCCCGAAAAGAUAUAACUCUGUAAUUCUUGCCUGUCACUUUUUGCGGAAUACACAAUCUUUUGAUCAUUUAGCUUUCAGUUGUAUGCAAUAUGAAGGGUUUUGUGACUGGUAAAAUGAUAAUGCAGAUUUUUGUCCUAAUGCUGCCGGACACAAUUCUGUUGACAUUGCCAUGA